AUGUCUCCUGCACCGGGUCCGAACUGGAGGGCAGACCUCAAUGCCAUUGAGCGUUACAAUAAUAUUGAAAAGCUGAGAAAGAGCUUUGAGGCUGGGCAGUUAAGCUCUUCUGAAAGUCCCGACAAGGCAGCUUUUGCGGCAGAAACAGAGGCCUAUGACAGUUCUGAAUCAAGAGAAGCAUAUGAUGCUGCUUGCAAAGCAAUUAUCGACCCCGAACUCCCUACCCCUGGAAGCACUGUUGCAGUGCAGGAUUCUACGGAAAGCCCUGGGGUAACCAUAGGUCAAUACCAACAUUGCCGCCACAUAGCGACUGGCCUCGUCUCUGAUGUUUACAGGUCCGACACCGUGGCAUUAAAAGUAAUCACGGAGACUCGAGAUGUAGAACCUCACAAUGCGACCAGAGAGAUCAGAAUUUUGAAUGAGUUAUCGCAUCCGAAUAUCGUGAAAUUAAUCGACACACUCAGAGACGAUAGGGGAAGGCUCGUCCUUGUCUUCCCGUACAUGCCCCUUACACUUGGCGAGUUACUCGACUCAGGCUCGAUAUCAGAACGUCUUGUACGCAGCUUCUUCCACGAUAUAUUUUCCGCACUCCAAUAUCUCCACUCAAACGGGAUAAUCCAUCGAGACAUAAAGCCAACAAACAUCUUGCUCGAGUCCCCAACCGGACCAGCGUAUAUCGCCGACUUCGGUACCUCAUGGCACCCCAUAUAUUCCCUCUCCGACGAACCAGAAAACCACAAAGUUCUUGAAGUAGGGAGCGUGUGGUAUAGGGCACCGGAGACAUUAUUCGGCAAUCGCUCAUACGGCACAAGACUUGAUCUGUGGGCGACUGGUGCAAUGCUAGCUGAGUGUCUACGCAAGCCGCCGAAGUCGCUCUUUGAGUCAAGGAGUACAUCCGAAGAUGGCAAUCAACUGGGACUUAUCUUGAGUAUUUUUAAGACAAUUGGCACUCCGACGAGGGAGACAUGGCCUGAGGCUGCGAGCUUUUCGACGCCACCUUUUGAGUGGUAUCAGGACUUUCCUGGAAAGUCUUGGGACGAGCUGCUACCUGAUACCGAUGAGAGGGCGAGGGAUUUGGUGAAGAGGUUGGUGUGUUAUGAAAGACGGCACAGGUUGACAGCUACUGAGGCUCUCCAGCAUCCGUUCAUGACAGCAAGCGAUUGA